AUGAUUGUUGUUAUUCUUCUGGCCUUACUGGGCCCCCUCUCUUGGGUGGGCCCUGUGACGCUAGUAUCUGCCACUCCCAGCUCGGUUGCUUGGUACCUGUUCCUGCUGAGCACAUCUGGACCCCUGUUGGGACGUUGUAAGAUCAACCUGGCUCUCCUGAUUCAGCGUCAAGAGCCCAGCCACCCUAAUGCAGGGGUGUUUCCACCUAUCAGAGGUCCUGCCAACCCCAGCUCCUGGUUUCCUGUUGGAGGUCCUGCAGACACCUGCACCUGGGUGGAUAUGUCCUUCCAGUGUGCAACAAUGAAGAAAGAAUCUACCGCACCUUCAAACCUGGCCAAGAUGUCAUCCUGCCCUGUGGCUUUCCACCAGCCUCCAAACCUCUUCAGUGCUCUUAUAUUUCAUGGCUUUAUAACAGAGAUCAAGAAGACACCUUAUUUCAGACAAGGAGAGGACUGCCUUCCAACAGUGUGCAACAAUGAAGAAAGAAUCUACCGCACCUUCAAACCUGGCCAGGAUGUCAUCCUGCCCUGUGGCUUUCCACCAGCCUCUGAAUCUCUUCCAUGCUCUUACAUUUCAUGGCUUUAUAACAGAGAUCAAGAGGACACCUUAUUUCAGACAAGAAGAGGACUGGUGAAGCAGAUGUCAACCCGAGCUGACCGGCUGGGUAUGGACGCCAACUGUUCUCUAGUGAUUAAACAGGCCACUCCUGAGGAUGCUGGUCGCUACACGUGUCGAUUGGGUGAUUCUGAUUGUUAUGAUGUUACUGUUUUUCUCAGUCUUCCAACAGUCUUUUUGUCACGGACAAUCUCUGAUACGUGGACCAAUGAUGAACCCAUAGUAGAGUGCUCUCUGUUAAGAUAUAUGGGUGCGAGUUUCUUUCAACCAAAACUUCUCCGCUGGGUGCAUCAGACAGGGGCUCUGAUUACUGACGGUGUUACUGCGAGUUCCAGAGAUGCAGACUAUUUCUGCAACAUGAAUGUGACGCGCCAGAGCAACGGCAAAUUCACCUGCCAAGCAGUUAACAAGGAGAACAAUGUGGAGAUACAGGACGACUUCACACCUUUAGUCCCAAGAGCUCGAUGUAAGACCAUCGCUAAAGGCGACAUCGUGAUGCUGGUGGACGGCUCUGGAAGUGUUGGACUUGAUAACUUCAAAAUCAUCUGCGACGUCAUCACUCGGAUAGUUGAAGCAUUUAACAUCGGCCCUGAAAAAGUUCAGAUUGGUCUGACUCAGUACAGUGGAGACGCAAAGACCGAGUGGUCCCUGAAUAAGUACAGAACCAAGGGAUCCCUGAAGAAUGCUCUUGCCAAUUUGCAAUACAAAAAGGGUAACACCAACACAGGAGCGGCUCUGACACACAUCCUGGAGAAUGACUUCAAACCUAUGGCUGGGAUGCGGAGGGACUCUCGAAAAAUUGUCGUCCUCCUUGUUGAUGGAACUUCCCAAGAUGACACUGUCAAUCCUUCGUGGGAGCUGAAGAGACAGGGCAUUGAGCUGUAUGCCAUUGGUGUGCGUGAUGCUAGCACCAAAGAAUUAAAGGGCAUUGCAUCCAAAGACGAUCAUGUGUACCACGUUGACGACUUUAAAGAUCUGCAUGCAAUCGCCAAUGGACUCUCUAGGAACCUGUGUAAAAGCAUCAGGGGUCCAGUUGGCAGCAGUAAAAGCCUCUAUCAUUUCUACCAAUCUAAACAAGACGUCACCCUGCCCUGUAGUACUCCAAUGCCCUCUGGACCUCUACCAUGCUCUGAAAUGUCAUGGUUUCAUAGCAGAGCUUCAUCAGAGGCUUUUAAUAUGGUCAAUGGAGGAAAGAUUAACCCGAGGUCACUCAAAACUGGUCGGGUGAGUUUGGGCGCCGACUGUUCUUUGGUCAUCAAACGUGUCACUGCUGAGGAUGUUGGUCGCUACACGUGUCGCUGGAACGAUGAUGAUCGUUACAAAGUCAAUGUGUAUCUCAGUCUGUUUACAAUCUAUCAAAUACCGACAAGCAGAUAUCUAAAGGAAUCAAACAAAGAUGAUGUCGCGCUACAGUGCAAAGUGUGGAAAUUCCCUGAUUACACUCCUUGUGGACCAAACAGUUUCCGCUGGUUUAAUGAGACAGGAGCUAUCAUUACAGAUCCUUUAAGACCUUCAUCCUGUGAAUCUGUUCUGAUUGUGACUCGUCAGAGCGGACACAACCAGACAUUCACCUGCCAGUUUGUUAAUGGGGAGAACAAUGUGGUGAUGAAAGCUGACUACACACCUGUCUUCCCAGAGAUGCAGGAGGACGUGAGCCAACAGUAACAAUGAUAAAGCACUUGGUGCUGCUUCUUCUGUCAAACUGUAACAACUUCCAGACCAAGAAAAAGUCAAACAUCAUCACAGUCACUCUACAGGACUGGUCUAAUUCAAUCUUAAAUGACUCAGUCAUUGCAGAGGCUGUUUAUCCAAACUCAGCAACAGUAUGGACCUUUUUCACCUCAUGAUGGUUUCAAACAGAUGUGUACGGUAGA